GUCUCUAUAUGUAUAUAGCAAUGCGAUAGUCAUUCAUCGUACGUUCGCAGUUUCCUUUCUUUUCGCAGCGAUUAACCGGCGGCGAAAAUUCCAUCGUUGUUUGGACAACAACAGCUUAGAUUCAGAUGAUAAUUGAUCCUCUGAUCUCCGUCAUUCAAAACCCUAAAAUCAUUCGAAAGAAAAGCUCAUCUUCUCACAGAACAAACCUGUAAAAUUUCAUUCACCAUACAAUCGUGAUUGCAGGUGAUUCGCAAAUGGAAUCAUCUUCUUCUUCCUCAGUCAUAUCACCCGAAGAUGUUCUCGAGACACUGAUGAACGACGGUACCAUCGACGCUCUCAGAUUGAAGAUCAUCACUCAGCUCAAAGCCAAUGAGGAGCUAAAGAGUACCACUAUUAAAAUGGUGGAACAGAGUAAGGUUCUUAACACUCCUGGGGCAGAGAAACAGACCAAAAGAGAACUGUUUGAUGCACUUCGGCAAGAGCUUGAAACUUCAGUGCUUGAAAAAGCCUCUAAAUCAGUUUGGGAGUUGAUCUUGGACAAUCAAGGCCUGGGGAAGGAAAUAAGUGAAACUGUUGAGAGUGUAUUUUGUCGAUUAAGUGGCCGUGAACCUCCAUUAUUGCCUUCAAAUGAUGUAACCCCAUCAGAGAAAGCGAAUGGGGAAGAGAAAGAGAGUGACGGAGGCAAAGGAAAAGAAAAGGAAAGUGGAAAUGAGGAGAAUUCAGACUCUGCGUCAAAGAAACGAAAAUACGAUGAGAUGAGUACGGAAGAGGGAGCGGAUGAAGUUACAAACAGAUCUGGCCAUCCUCCAGCUGUUCUGGAUGACUCUAUAAUGCCUUAGCCAAGUGCAUUGAAUGUUGAAGAAUUGAUUUGAGGCGGGUAAACUAUCAGAAAAUGAGUCAAAAUGUUGCUUUUGCUGGUGUAAUAUCUAUCUAUAUAUUAUGGUGUAAUCAGGGAAAUGCAAAUUUUCAAGUGAUCAAUCCAAUGUGAGUGUUUCCUUUCAGAGUUUAAUCUUUAUCGAACCGCGAUCUCACCAUUGCAGAAGAUGCAGAAUGUGCGACGUCCGCGGAUGGGGGUUAUCUACUUGCAGUAACCCUUGAAAAUUUUGCCGGAUCUAGUUGUAUCGUUGUAAUGGUUGUGAGAUUAACUUCAACAUAUAUUAGAUACUAAUUUAAGAUUCAACCUUGAUUUAA